ACAUCAAAUCACCAAGUCUAUCCAAACUCUCCAUCAUGAAAACUCUUAUUGUUCUGGCUGUUGUUAUUGUAGCAGUUUCUGCUGAAAUGUGCAGAGACACAGCAAGCUGUUCCACCAGCACCACAAGCUGUGCUUCUGGAUCUGAGCUCCACUGUGUAAACCAUCAAUGCACAUGUACCACAGCAGGCAGUGGUGAUGGAGGAUGUACCAUGGCUGAUGACUGUCAUGGAAGAUGUGACCAUGGUGGACGUCACCAUUGCAUUGAUGGUCGAUGUAGAUGUACCCAUUUUUAACUGGAUAAAUUUAUAUUUCCU